UCGGAGGAUCACAUUCCUGAAGGGGAGGAGCCGGUAAACCUGUGCAAGCCUGAAGGGGAGGAGCCGGUACACCUGUGCAAGAUUGAAGGGGAGGAGCCAGUACACCUGUGCAAGACUGAAGGGGAGGAGCCGGUACACCUGUGCAAGACUGAAGGGGAGGAGCCGCUACACCUGCGCAAGACUGAAGGGGAGGAGCUGCUACACCUGUGCAAGACUGAAGGGGAGGAGCCGGUACACCUGCGCAAGACUGAAGGGGAGGAGCCGGUACACCUGUGCAAGACUGAAGGGGAGGAGCCGGUACACCUGUGCAAGACUGAAGGGGAGGAGCCGGUACACCUGUGCAAAACUGAAGGGGAGGAGCCAGUACACCUGUGCAAGACUGAAGGGGAGGAGCCGGCACACCUGUGCAAGACUGAAGGGGAGGAGCCGGCACACCUGUGCAAGACUGAAGGGGAGGAGCCGGCACACCUG